ACUACGUCCAUGGAACGAGGAAUCAGUCUCAGCAAGGCUGAUAUUGUUGAGAAUAUAUUUCUAUGUUUUGAGUCAGUGAAUGGGUCUUGCAAAAGAUCAAUCUUUCCUCCAACAAUACGAGUAUUACUUUAUCUCUUACUUGGCUCAAUGUCUGUUCUCACAGUGUGUGGCAACCUUCUUGUAAUCAUCCCCAUCAUUCACUUCAAACAGCUCCACACCCCAACCAACUACCUCAUCCUCUCUCUGGCUGUGUCAGACCUUCUCUUGGGGGUUUUAGUGAUGCCUCCCAGCAUGGUACAUUCACUGGAAAGCUGCUGGUAUUUUGGAGAUUUAUUCUGUAAAAUCUACACCAGCACUGAUGUUAUGUUGAGCAAUACAUCCAUUCUUAACUUGUGUUUUAUUUCUAUUGACCGGUAUUAUGCAGUGUGUCGCCCUCUCCUUUAUAGAACUAAAAUAACUGUUCACUUUGUUCUGAUUAUGAUGCUGGUCAUCUGGACUGGUUCUGCUAUGGUAGUGUUUGGUAUAGUAUUUUUGGAGCCCAGUACUUGGGGCAUGGAGGAUGUUGCCUGUGAGGGAGAAUGUAUUUUCUUUCAAAACAAAGCAUCGAGUACUGCGUCUUUGGUUCUCUCAUUCUACAUCCCAGGAGUAGGGAUGCUUAGCAUCUACCUAAAGAUUUUCCUAGUAGCACAGAGACAGGCACGCUCAAUUCAGGGUACAACCAAUCAGAACUCAGUAGGCAAAUCACAGAGGAAGGCCACCAAAACACUUGCUAUCAUUAUGGGUGUAUUUCUAUCAUUCUGGACACCCUUUUUUGUCAUCAACAGCAUUGAUCCUUUUAUUAGUUACUCUACCCCACCAGUUUUGUUUGAAACACUUAUAUGGAUUGGCUAUUUUAAUUCAGCUAUUAAUCCCAUGGUGUAUGCAUUCUUUUACAGUUGGUUCAGGAGGGCGUUUAGAAUUAUAAUUUCUGGUCAAAUAUUUCAACCUGACUCUUCAGAAAUACAAUUGUUUUCAGAAUAAGUACAGUGAGCUCCAAAAGUACUGAGACAGAGACACGUUUUGUUGUUUUGGCUCUGUUCUCCAGCACUUUGGAUUUGAAUUGUGAUUUCAUUUGAGGAUAUUUUGAUCCAUAUUGGGUGAAUUGUUUAGAAAUUACAGCUCUUUUUGUACAUAAUCCCCCCAUUUUAGUAAAACAAAAGUAUUUGAGCGAAUUCACCUUUGUGUGUAUUAAAGUAGUAAAAAGGUAGGUUUUUGUUCCCAUAUUCAUUGCACGCAACAAUGACUACAUCCAGCUUGGGACUCUACAAAUUAUAUCAAUAGUAAAUAAUGUAUUGUGUAAUUUUGGUGUCACUUUUACUUUAAAUUAUGAGUGAGAAAGUUACAGACACACAAAUAUCAUACAUCCAACACAUGCUAACUUCCCGUUAUUGUAAUGGUGCGAGGUUAGCAUGUCUUGAGGGUAUGAUAUUUGUGAGUUUAACUUUCUCACUCAUCAUUAUUC